AUGAAGCGAGCAGGCCGAUCCAAAUCCAGAAAUGGCUGCAUCACAUGCAAAAUGCGCCACGUAAGAUGCGGCGAAGAAAAGCCAGACUGCUUGCAGUGUCUCAAAGGUGGGCGCAAAUGCGAUGGAUACAACAGCGCAUCGCAGAAGCAGCUACAUGAGAAAGUCUCCCGCUCGAACCUCUGCCCAGCUGUCGGCCCGGAUAAUCGUAUAGUGCUCUUGCCGGGGUCGCGUGAAGAGAGACAAUAUGUCCACGCGUUUUGCACGCAGAUUUCGCAAGCUUUCUCUGGAUUCUUUUCCUCCGAUUUGUGGAACUAUUUCCUUCCACAGCUCAGUUACCGUGAGCCGACGGUUCGGCAUGCCGUUGCUGCUGUUAGCGCAAUGUAUGAGCAGCAUACAAACCCAAGCGCUGAUGGGCGCGGGUCUGAUCUCUUUGCUCUUCAGCAGUAUAAUAAAGCUAUUCAGAAAUUCCGGGACCAUUUAGCCAACCCCAAAGAGUUUAAAUACGACUUGUUGCUAGUCACUUGUUUGUUAUUCAUUUGUGUGGAAAUGCUCAGGUCAAACAACGUGCGGGUUUUAGAUCAUAUCCAAGGGGGUAUACAUAUCCUUCUGAACCAACAGAAACUAGUCAGCCCUAAACGCAGAGAUGGAAUUGACCACGAGCUAUCUCAACUGUUCUACCGGCUCAAUAUCCAACUCCCUCUAUUCGGCCGACCUGUCAUAUCUUUCGAUCCCCAACCCAAAAAGCAAACAUCAGCCCCAAGACAGGCUAUCAAAUUCGAGAAUAUAUCGCAAGCACGAGAAUCCCUGACUAGUAUUACGAAUCGAGGACUAGCAUUUAGUCGAUCCGCAUUUUCGCACUCGCUCUCUCAAUCCCCCAGCCUGGAGCGAACUGCUCCACCCGAUCAAAUCCGUGAGCAGCAAUUGAAACAGCAAUGGCAGUUGGAGCAAGAGUGCUAUGACUGGUAUACAGCCUUCGAGUUGAUGAUGGAAAAGCCGGCCAAAAAGAUCGGUUUAUUGGAUCCGCGCGCAACCCUGGUUCUCAAAAUCAACUACAACACCUCUCUUGUCUGGCUACUAUGUUGCACGGCACGGCACGAGUGCAUAUACGACGAAUACAACACAUAUUUUGAGAAUAUUGUUGCCGCCGCAGAAGAGAUCAUCACACUAGGCAGGAACCUGGAAAAGCCAUCAGGCCUCGAGCCUUUCUCGCUUGACGCCGACGUCGUGCCAAUGGUAUACUGGGCCGCAACAAAAUGUCGGGAGCCGUAUAUUCGGCGGCGGGCAAUUGAGGUCCUGGCCAAAUAUCCUACAAAGGAGGGGCUUUGGGGCCAGGGAAGACGACACUGCAGCACUGCUCGGAGGAUCUUAGAGAUAGAAGAAGAACCCCUUUUGCAUCUGGCUAUUGGGGAGAGGGUUCCAGAUGACUCGCAGCGGGUUUAUGACGCGCUGAUGUUUCCGGAGAAUGACGUCUUUCCUAACCCGUGCCCGGUUCUCCUGUUGAUGAAACCGCAGGGUGUUGACGGGCCGUGGGCAAGACAAUCUGAAUUUGUUGGGUGGUAG